AUGCCAAAUAAAUCUACAACCACUCCACUCCCCCUACUACUUGGCCCUGUCUCGCGGCCUCAAGCUUCUCGACCUUACUCCUCUAAUCUUCAACGCUACGGCCCUCCCGCCCUGCUGUCUUGUCCUCUUCCCUCCCCUUCCCUUUUCCCCCUUCCCGAUACCUGCCUGUGUCAGACUACGCCCUCCAUCGACCCGGCCACGGUACCCAGCUACUGUGCCCAGCUACAUACCCAGCUAUCCUGUUAUCCAGCUGUCCUUCUGCCCUCUCCGCUCCUCCCCAUCUCCUCUCCACCGUUGUUGCUCUUGGAUGCGAUACGAUACGAUACGAUACGCUACGACACGAUACGCAUACCACCGACUGGCACUGGCACAGGCACUACUGGUACUGGCACAUACAAGGUCACCACGUCAGCCUGUCCCACUUACCAGACCCCUCCCUCCCCCCCCGUCCACAUCGCCUUCGCCUUCGCCCUCGCCCUCGCCCUCGACCACCCAAAACCCACUGCCACCGCCACGCCAGCCAUCCCUGGUGCAGAUGAUCUUCCAACACGCUACCGCGUCUCUGUGUUCGCUCUGAAAUCUGUGAGAAGCCGCUGGCGCGCUCGACUCUCGUCCAUGGCCACUGGUGCUGCGACUGCCACUGCUCCUGCUCCUGCUGCCGCGACUCUUGCUACAGCUGCUGCGACUCUUGCUACAGCUGCUGCUGCUGCUGCUGCUCCUGCUCCUGCUGUCGCCGCCGCCCGCCACCGCUACCGUCGGUUGAGCUUGUGUCCUGAUCAAAAGCGUCCUCGGCUCACCGGCCCAGCUCCUGCUCAAUGGCAGACGUCGACAGAGGCUUCGAGACAGCUCCCCCCUCCACCGACCGCUUCAUAUCAGCAGCAUCCGUCGUCCUUCCCUCCCCGUCCCCCCGAGCCUCAACAUCCUCUCGAUCACCGCCCGCCGGGACAUCCUGAGCAUCCCUCAUAUGAGCAUCCCGAUCCGCGCAGGCCCAGCUCCGGGCCAUCGCAUGUCUAUCAUCACCCUCCACCGCCUCCCCAUCCCCCGCCGCCGCCCCAAUUCCCAGCCCAGCAGGCGACGAUGGUCAAGAGAGACCCGUCGGACGAGCCGCCGCCCCAGCAGUAUCGUCGCUCGCCGCCAGGCACGACAGGAGAGGGCGGUGUGAACCCUCCCCCACAUCAUGAGGGAUAUCGAACCCAUCUACCGCCCUUCGAGCCUCACCCGGCCCAGCACCCAUAUCGCCCGGCCUCUUACCCCCCUCCCCAGAGCCCAAUGGCCGCCCCCGAUCCAUAUGGGCAUCCUCAUUAUGGCAGCGGCGGCCACACCCCGCAGAGCGUCUACUCCUCCGUGUCCUAUCCUUCGGCGCCGAAUCUACAAAAUUCUAAGAAGCCCAAGGCACAGCGCGCGGCGCAAGCCUGUGACAGCUGCCGUACGCUCAAGGCCAAGUGCGACGAAGGGCGACCAAACUGCCUGAGCUGUCGAGAGAAGGGCAUAGAAUGCCGUUACCGGGACCCUCCUCCCAAGCAGCAAGACAGAGUGUCAUCGGAUAUCCUCGAGAGCAUAAUGCGAAUGGAACAAUCCGUGAGGGACUCCAUGCGAGAAAUACGAGGGGAACUGUCCAACAAUACGGCGGAAAUCAAGCGGAUGAAAAGAGCUCUCAAUUUCAAUCCAUCCCCCGAAGCGAUGCCGAAACAAGAGGUACAAGAGCCGACUUCGAGCACGGUGGGGGAUUUUCCAGCACCCUUUUCGGGCGCAGAACUCCCGCGAACUCACCCCUCGGUGAGCUCCGAAUCGCCAUAUUCCUCAACUCCGAGUCAGCUCCGUGCGCCGGAGAGGUCAGAUGUCUUUACGGAGAGGCAGGGUCUUACGCGGGCCACACCCGCAGAAAACGGCGAGGAGGAGGAAGAGGAGGUAGGCGGCGACCCAGGCCCGGCUAAACCUUCGUCGAUCCCAGUAAAUCAUACCACCGGGGCAGCGAGGUUACUCGGGGCACCUGGGAUCGAAGAGUUGUCCGAGGGAAUCGGUUGGCAUGGAAAGUACAGAUAUGCGAAAUACCCGAUAGUUCAGGAGGAAAGACGGGGCUUGCUCAGGCUUUAUGGCAGAGGGGAAGGGAUCGAUGCUCCGCCAGGAUAUGACCGAGAUCCUCUGAUAGAUCACUCCUCAGAUAGCACGUCUGGGGAUACCAGUUCCGAAGUCUCUUCGCCGGCCGGCGAAGAAUGGGGCCAACUGGGCGGACUUACCCCUCCUGGUAAUCCUCCUCCGGAAUUUACCAGAGGCAACAUCAAUUUCGAAGGGAUGCCCGAUCUUAGCAGGGACACAGUAUUAAAUCUGGUGCAGAGUUACAAGGACCACAUCAACGUUAUGCACCCAAUCCUUAUCCCGAAGCGGCUAGACGUACUUAUAGAGAUCUUUUUAAAGUCGACACCGGAGAGUCAAGCAAAGCCAAAACAGGUUUCGUCGCUGGUUGCGGGGCACCAUACGAGUCACCCGCCUUUUGCAGGGUUUGUCCGAAACCCCGAAAGUCCUGGAAACAAGCGAAAGAGAUCACCUGCGGUUGGAGAGUAUCCAGAGAUUCAGAACUACUAUGACAUCAAGCCUGGCCACCCAUUCCGCUCCAUCAGUUCGGCCCUGGUCCUACUAGUCUUAGCAUUGGGCGCAAUUACUCAACAUAAGGGCAAGAUCCCGGAAUGUGUACCAGAUCGGGAUGCCGAUAUCCCAUGGGCCAAUUCGCCUACGAUUCGGAAUGGAUAUCCCCCUUCCCCUCUACAGAGCUCGCCUUCAUUGUCAACUCCAAUGGGGGUGCCGUCACCACAGGACCCUGAACGACCGCACCCUCGAAGCCGGAGAACAUCCCUAGAAGGCGCGUAUACAACGAAAGGCCUCGCGGCUGUGAGACCCAAGAACCUAGAUGUCAUUCCGGGAUUGUUCUACUUUGCUCUCGCGACGGAUAUUAUUGGGAACCAGCUGGGAGGGAAUAGUCUCCAACAUGUUCAUGCUAAUAUCCUUGCGGGUCUAUAUCACGGCCAACUUGGGCGGGUGAUGGAAAGUCAUGCUUAUAUCCACGAAGCGUGUCGUGGCCUCCAGGUGAUCCUAAGACCAAAAAUGGAUAGAUUCAAGAAAAUAAAAACCGGCAACACCAUUGUCCCUGCGAAGGAUAACCCUCUAGUUAUUGCAUUCUGGACCUGUCUACAGCUUGAGAGUGAUAUUGUCGCCGAGUUGCCAUGCCCGCAUUCCGGCAUUCUCACGUAUGAAGACGAUAUGCCGAGCCCAAAUUUCCAGGCGGCUUCGGACAUUGAUGGUUUCGACCCAAUUGUUAUGGAGAGUUAUGGCGCUCAGUUGUUCCUACGCAAGCACCUUAACCAGCUUCACAAUAUGUUCUACGAUCCACAAAAUAGUAGGGCAUACACCGCUCCCAUGAAAUAUACAUCUAACAUGUUAAAAGCUCCCCAAUUCCCAUCUGUUUAUCCGGCUCCUAAGGAAGCGAACCAAUUCUCGACUCUGGAAGCAUGCGAAACGAAUCUUAACCCGUUCCCUACGGUCGCGCCUAAUAUGGCAUGGUGCGAGGAUGAUCUUCCAGCGACUGAAAUUUUAGGCGCUCGAUUGAGAGCCAAGUAUUACGGGGCUCAAGUCAUUACAUAUCGCCCAUUCGUCCUCAACCUCCUCGAGCACUCUGCGCGCAGUAGUUCGGUACCUGCGCAACCUGUGGACAAAGUGCCAAUGGGGGGAUUCAAGAAGAGUGUUGGCGCUCCUCUGGUUAAUAGCAACGCGACCCGGAUGGAAGAUGUUGACCCAAAGGUUCUUGGAUACGCGAAGAGUUGCAUUAAGGCGCUUAUUAAGAGCACAACUGCUUUCCAUGGCCUGGGAGAUCCUGGAAAGGAUAGAUUAAUUGUCACAAAUAUUUGGGGGACGGCGCAUGCGCAAUGGGGAAACCUUCUCACACUCCAAGCGGCGUUCAAAGACCCAAUUCUCGGCCGUUGGGUUGACGCAAAAGUCCUCAGUGAGCUCCUCGAGAAGACCAUUGCCAUGCUCAGAUUGGUCUCAUCCCCAUCCUCUGCGCUGUACACAGAUAUGCGGAUAUUGGAGCAUAUGGGCACGGGUCUCGGCCUCCUCAAAGAACCCAAGGAAGCUCAUGAGCAGAGCGCAUCUCAGAGCUUUUCGAGCACGGCAGCUGGAGAUUUAGCCAUGGGCGGACAUUGA